UUCCUAGUAAGAGGAAUUGUUGCAAUGAAAGGUAGUAGGAAAAUGUAUAACUGGACUUUGAAUAUCCAAUAUUUCAUCUCGGUCGUGAUGUUAACGACAGAAAUAUUCAUGUUCUCUUGAGUAUGGAUUAUUUCAACUCGUCUGAUUUAGAUAAAGAUAAUAUAAUCAGUUCUAAGUAGGUGGAUGCCAGAUGCGAUUAAUCAUGCAUUUGUCAUUAUCCACCACUUGACUCAUUAGAUACAACAGAUGUUUAUUACACGCUUUGUUUCUUCUACGAGUGUUUUACUCUGCUCUUAAUGGAGAGUAUUACUAAACAGCAAAAAGUGACAGAAUAAUACCGGCAUAAAGUACUAUACGGAACCGAAUUCUAUCUUGGGCUAAAAGCAUCAAAGGAGACAUAUAAAUUAAUUCAGUAUGGCAUAUUCCAUUAACAGGCAGCCACUGCUUGAGUAUGACACUGACGGUGAACCUGAAAAUGAUCCUGAGACGGAGUUCGAUAAUCCUCAUGUGGCUAUUCAGGAUGAAGAACCAUUUUUGCAAUCUUAUCCACCGACCGAUAAGUGUCGACUUGUCUAUAUAGGUUUUUAUAUACUUGGAAUAAAUACUUUAGUACCUUUUACCUUCUUCGUUACAGCUGAUGAUUACUGGAUGUAUAAAUUUCGUGAUAUACACGGGAAUAACACUGGGAUACACAACUAUACUCGUAUAGGAAAUUUGGAAAAGAGGAACGCAAUACAGGCAAGCUUCGCUUCAUACGUAAACGUAGCUAGUGCCGUACCAAAUACUGUAUUUUUGAUAUUGAAUACCUUCAUCAGUAAAAAAAUAUCUUUGCAAACGAGAAUGAAUGGAUCGCAGUGCAUUGUUUUACUACUAUUUAUUUUGACGACAGCCUUCAUUCAAGUAAAUACCGACGAAUGUAAGUUGCACGUUACAACUUGUAUAACCUGUUUCCGUCUUAUGUUCACACGAGGGGAGAAUUUUACCGCUUGCCCGUUCAUUAGUGUCACGUCCUAAAAACUGGUUUCAGUCAUACGUAAACGGUUGUCAAAUUUAACUUUAUCUUAUCUUAACUGAGACUUUAGUAUUUGGAAACUUAAUAAACCAGAACAAGUUCCGAUAAAA